AUGUCGCUGCUCGGGAGGCGCGGUCCUCAGGGACUACGGCUUCUGUCUACAUCCUGCCCUCUUUCAUCAUGCAGUGUACGACCAUUUUCCGUCCUCAAUCGCCCAAAACCAAGUUACCCAGGCCAUGUCCCACUGACGACUAUUGAGCGCGGAGCUCUGGCCAUCGGCUCUGCACUUGGGUCUCUCGUGAACCCUCGAAGAGCAGGUACGUCACUCAAGCACUCAAUUGAAGUGCUCUCUAUUGUCGGGGUCUGCGUAUCGCUCUCCUCUCUCACUUUAUCCAUUCCUUAUCGCCGUCUUACAAGUUACACCCGUAAUAUCAACCUCAAACUAACAAGCUCCCCAGACCUCAUCGCAGCCCUAGGCGAAGCAACCGCAACCCCAUUCUUCAUCUACCGACUCCGCAACGCAAUGCUCUCCGACCCAACAGGCCGCCGAAUCCUCCGCGAUCGACCACGCAUAACAUCCCAAACCCUAAGCAUGGACCAUCUCCGCACUCUCCCCGAGAACUCCGUCGGCCGGACAUACGCAAAAUGGCUCGACAGGGAAGGCGUAUCGCCCGACACACGCGAUAACGUACAAUACAUCGACGAUCCCGAAUGCGCAUACGUCAUGCAGCGCUACCGCGAGUGUCAUGACUUCUACCACGCCGUGACGGGUCUGCCGAUCUUCGUAGAGGGCGAAUUAGCGCUGAAGGCGCUGGAAUUUUUGAAUACGUUGUUGCCGAUGACGGGGCUUAGUCUGUUUGCUUUUGUGCGUAUGAAGCCUGCGGAGAAGGAACGGUUUUUGACGCUGCAUUUGCCUUGGGCUGUUCGGAGUGGACUGGCUAGUAAGGAGUUGAUUAAUGUUUAUUGGGAGGAGGUGCUUGAGAAGGAUGUUGAUGAGUUACGGGCUGAGUUGAGGAUUGAGCAGCCGCCUGAUUUGAGGGAGAUUCGGAAGAUGAUUCGGAGGCAGCAGAAGAGGGAGAAGGAGAUGAUGCAGCAGCAACAGUCGUAG